AUGUGUAGUCAUAAUAACUCUCAUGAAGCUAAUUAAACCUAAUAAAAUGCCAAAAAUCAAACUGAAUAAAAAUCAUAAAAUCAAUUAUUAGAAUAAGCCCAAACCUCAGCCUCAAACUUUCCUUAAGAAUUUACAUCUCCAAUAUCCUUAUAAGACUAAGACCAUAACAAAUAAUUAAGCUAUAAUGAUUUCGAGAAAAUCGACUUUUUAGGCGAAGGGGCUUACGGCCCUUUUUUGGUAAGACUAAGAUACAGUUUUCAAACUAAUAAUAAGCUUUACUUAGUUAUGGAAUAUUGUCCUGGAGGUGAAUUGUAUACUUAUUUGGCUAGAAAUAAAAGAUUUUCUAUUGAAUUAUCUAAAUUUAUAGCUGCUGAAGUAGUUUUGGGAAUGGAAUAUUUAAAUAAUAAUAUGAAAAUUAUAUAUAGAGAUCUAAAACCUGAAAAUAUUUUAGUUACAGAGGAUGGGCAUUUAAAAAUUACAGAUUUUGGACUUAGUAAAUAAAUGGUAAACGAAGAUGAACUGUCCUUUACUUUUAUAGGAACUCCUGAAUAUAUAGCACCAGAAGUUAUUAAGAGUAAAUAAUCAAAUAAUAGAUUAGGAUAUAAUGCUUCAAUUGAUAUAUGGGCUUUUGGUGUUUUUUUAUAUGAAAUUAUAUUCGGAAUGCCUCCUUUUAGGGAUAAAUAAAGAAAUUGGUAUUCCAUUAUGAAACAAAUAUUAGCAAAUAAUCCUAAUUUUAUAACUGGAUUUAAUGAAGAAGCAGUUGAUUUGAUUAAAAGUUGCUUAAAUUCAGAUCCGGAAAAAAGACUAAGUUGGAGUGUUAUAAAAUAACAUAAAUUUUUUGAAAAUAUUGAUUGGAAGAAAUUAUAUAAAAAAGAAUAUGAAAGUCCUUUGAAGUAGUUCAUUAUUAAAAAAAAAUAAGAUGAUAAGCUUACUAGACAAAAGCCUAUUUUCGAAACUCUGGAUUAAAAAUAAAUGCCAGGAUUUGAAGGAUUCACUUAUAAUCCAUAAGAUGGGCUUACUUAUAAUCCAGAAGGAUUAAUUUGUAGUUAAGAAGGUAUUAUUUUUAAAUCUGAAGAAAAUUGA